AGUCGGGUCUUCCCUGUAAUGGGUAGGCGUUGGAAUGAUAAAGGGAGACACUCAGCUCUUUUUCACAUCGGACGGAAAAUCAGGAGGUAGAGAAAUGUCUCCGUAUUUGUCAACUUUUGGCCUGCAGGACUGAAGUUCAUAUAAGUAUUGUCAGUAUACAUGUAUUAUAUAGACGUUUGCCUGCCGGGGAUUGUAAGUUGUUUCGCAGCGCGGAAACUGACAUAUCUAUAUACUGCAAUUGUCGGUGAAUAAUACACUGAAGGCUAAUAGUGAACCUCUUACAUCAGUAGAGUAAGUGUAAAGUUUUUAAUCUUCGCCUGCAACGAAGUCUAACAAUGAGGGAUUCUGUGUCGUUUCUCUUGAUAAGCCUUGUCUUGGCCUCACAAGUCGUUGGUACUGCCUCAUCAGCUGAUGGUGGGUCGUUACCCGAUGUAGAUAGCAUUCCCGUGGCCAUUGAAUGGGACCGCUCCGUAGUGACAAGUGAGCUUCCCGCCCAAGACGGAGUAGAUCUGGCCAUUGCCCAGAAUGCCGAAGACGCCCCUGGUCAGGUGCCCGUGCGGUGUAAUCCCGGUGAUGAUUACAUCCGAGAUCCCAAAGACUGUGGCAAAUUCUACCAAUGCUCUCAUGGCGUCCCUUACCAAAUGGGCUGUGAAGCCGGCCUGUACUUCGACAUCAACUCCAAAGUCUGUGGUUGGCCUUCAAAUGUGAACUGUGACUUAGACCGGUGUGACAGACGACGAAUUGGGCUUCGCUCGGGAACCGGAAAUAACAACGAGUCGAGAUCAGCUUGUCCGGACGGAUAUAUGCCGGUAGCAUGUACUUCCUCUGACCCUCGUAGAAGCAACGGGAACUUUGUGGAAGGACGCCAAUGUGUAUCUGUGAAUGGUGAGAGAGGGGAAGGCCAAAGGACGAUUGCCACCUGUGUGUCAGCUGAUGACGAAGAUUACGCGUACCCAAGCAGCGGGGAUUGGGAGCGAAGUCCCUCCGUACAGUGUCCAAGUGGGUACCGGAUCAUCAACUGUUUACUCAGAAAUCAGUGGAAUGAUAUCCGAUUCGCAUUCCCUGUGAUCGAUAUUUCCAGGAAUUCCUGCUACCCUGACAUAACAUGUUUGGCAGGAUGGGGAUGUUCUGUUCAGGCCAUCUGCAGAAAAGGUUAAUGCCGCCAUAACAGCUAUUAGCUGAAAAGGCUAAUGCUACCAUUCCAUGUAAUUUAGUAUAAACAGCCAUUUAAAUGGCACCAAUUGGACAAUUUACCUAAACGGUUGUUGUCAUCAUUCCAAAAUCUUUUAUCAUACCAAAAAGACCAAUUCCUAUAUUCCUGUAUUUCCCGAAAAUUAAAACAGAAUUAAAAAGCA